CGUGGUUGCGUGGCGUGGUCAGUCGUAGGCGUAAGUAGGCGUGGGCCUUUUUCGAGUAAUUACUCAUUGGGUGUUGACAUUAAUUAUUUUCAUUUAUCCUAAAGUGAUUAUUUAUUCCUGAUAUAAUGACCCGAGAUAUAAGUUUGCGUGUUUUGGUGUCAGUGUUGUUUCUCCUUUGCUGUAUUCCACACGUAUUUUCUAUAAAGUGCUGGGUAUGCAGAUCGGAUUCGGAUCCAAAAUGUGCCGACCCUUUCGAUAAUACCACCGUACCCAUUACGGAUUGCAAACAGGAACCAGACCUCGCACACUUGCCAGGCGUGAGACCUACCAUGUGUCGUAAAAUCCGUCAGAAAGUUAACGGGGUAUGGAGGUAUUUUCGUAGUUGCGCCUACAUGGGCGAACCAGGAAUCGCAGGUGACGAACGAUUUUGUCUUAUGAGGACUGGAACUUACAACAUAUUCAUGGAAUAUUGUACUUGCAAUAGCAAAGAUGGAUGUAACGCGGCAUCUCACGAUCAGGGGAGUUUAACAGUUUUAAUGAUAGUUGGGAUAAUACCGUUGCGAUACGUACUUCUUUAUACCUAACAAACUUAACCAAAGAUUAUCCAUAAUCGCCACAAAGUAACUACGUAUGUAUAUCGAAACGUAUAUUCUUACGGUGUAGAGAUCUACUGGUACUUACCAAUGAGAGAGUUUUCGACGAUAUUAUAAUUCGAAUCUCGAGUGAAUAGGAGGUGUAAAUUAAGUUGGCGUUGCAUAAUCUUAUUCGACGACAAUUUUACAUCUUUGGACAUUUAUAUCGCUUUUUAUAAAUACGUACAAGCAUCUGUUGUUGUGCCUUAUUAGAAAGAAGUACGAAACAAAUAGGGGAAUACCUUUAAGACAUUUUUUAACAAUUGUAUAAUACAACGUUUUACUCUUUUUUAGAGGUAUUUUACAUUGAUAUUUUAUAACAAUCUAUCGCGAGUUCGUAUAGAAAUAUAUUUUUAAUAAUAUAAAAAUGUAUGAUUGUAUUAUACUUACUUUUCAAUUUAUACUUGGUUAGUACAAAAGAUGAAUGCUAAGACAUCGAUAUAAUCGAUCAUCGUUAAGAUUAGCGCUUCGUAUAAGACUGUCGAUACCGUCCGUUAUAGAGUUUUGAACUUAGUAUUAUUAUAAAACUAUAGCGUUCAUUAUAUUUUUAUAUGUACUUUCAACAAGCGACGUUAGUUAUCGAACGACAUCUUUUCCUUACACAUAUUAUGUCAUGCAUAGAAUAAAAGUGUCGAUUAAAGAAGAUGUAUUACAAAUAUUACGCUUUAUAAAUAAAUAGAUAUCAUCUUU